AUGGCUUCUACCGUUGGGAAGAGAGAUGUCGUUGCUGCCUUGACAUAUUGGAGGCGUAUUCCCGGGCAGUCUGUAACCACCGACUUUACAACUCCCGGCGGAGAGCGGAGAUUCGCCGAGCUUGACAGAUACGAUGAGACUCAUACGUCGCUGAUACACGAUAUUCGUGACCACGAGGACGAAUACACGCUUCAGAAGAACGGCUUCCAAUAUGUUCGCCACCAAGUGCAUGGUUUUGACAGAUCGAUGAGUGAGAAUGAAAUCGAGCGUUUAUUGGUACCAGCAACGCAGAAGCUGGUAGAAGAAUUAACUGGUGCAGCCAAAACCAUUCUCAUCGCUCACCGCAUUCGCUGCAAAGCGACCGAUGAAUUCAAACGAGCUGAUAACCGGGCGCCAGCUUUCAGCGUACAUUCUGACUUUACUCGAGUGGGGGCAGAGCAUCAUCUCGAGACUAUAAUCAAAGAUCCUGUAGAGUUGGCGGAAAUCAAGAAAGGCCAUGUAUAUAUUAUCAAUGUCUGGCGGCCAUUAAAGGUGGCCACUAAAGAUCCCUUAGCUGUCUGUGAUUGGGCAUCUGUUGACCCGAAAGAAGAUUGGAUUGCAAACCGUUUCAUACAUUCCAAUGGAUGGAACGAACUUGGCAAGGUCGCUCAUAGUGAUCAACACAAGUGGUUGUACAUGAGUGAGCAACAGCCCUCGGAGCCGCUAAUAUUCAAGCAGUUUGAUAGUAAGGCAGGCUACGGGGUUACAUUGGCCCAUAGUGCCUUUGUGGAUCCAGAAUUUGUGGAUGAUGAGCCAAGGGAAAGUAUAGAGAUCAAGAUGUUUGUUUUUGUAGCUGAGUGA